AAAUAGCCCAAACUUGUUAGAAACCCGAAUCGGAUACGAAGGAAGGACUCCACUAAUACUCUCUCUCUCUCUCUCGGAUCUGAACAACAAUCUCUCGCUCGAUCAAAAACGAUACAUACAAUCCUCGUUUUAACUCCACUAUACAAAUUAUACAAGUCCUCAAUCUUUUACUCUCCUCAUUCACAACAAAGACAUAAAAUAAUAACUCAUACACACAAAUUAUCAUAUUAUACACAGAUAUAUAUCGUCCAAUUGACGGUCUUUCCAGUGCAAACGCUUUGUUACAGUGAGAAUUGAAGAUCGUGUUGAGUUGAAUGGCUUCUUAAUUGAAGUCAUUCAAUAUGAUUUUUGCAUUGCCGUCUAAUUGAAGCUGCCGUUUUAUACAUAUAAUCAUGUGGUUUUCUUUCUGGAGAUCUCGUGAUCGAUUCACUUUGGAUGAACUCAGAUAUUUAACUGAUCAGCUGAUGAAGGUUCAGGUUGUUAACGAGGUGAACAAGGAUUUUGUGAUUGAGGCACUGAGAUCAAUUGCGGAGUUGAUAACAUAUGGUGACCAACAUGAUGCCAGCUUCUUCGAGUUUUUUAUGGAGAAGCAAGUCAUGGGGGAGUUUGUGCGUGUACUGAGAAUUAGUAAAACUGUGAUUAUUUCACUUCAGUUAUUGCAAACAGUGAGCAUUAUGAUUCAAAAUCUUAAAAGUGAACACUCCAUAUAUUAUAUGUUCAGUAAUGAGUAUAUUAACUAUCUCAUAACCUAUAAAUUUGACUUCCGGAAUGAAGAGCUAGUGUCUUACUACAUAUCUUUUUUAAGAGCAAUAAGUGGGAAGUUGAACAAGAAUACCAUCUCGCUACUCAUCAAGACACAAAAUGAUGAAGUCGUUGCCUUUCCUCUUUAUGAAGAAGCAAUACGGUUCGCUUUCCAUGAAGAGAGCAUGGUUCGUACUGCUGUACGUUCCUUGACGCUAAAUGUGUAUCAUGUUGGAGAUGAAUCAGUAAAUACAUAUGUUGCCAGCAGGCCCCGUGCAGAUUAUUUUGUGAAGUUAAUUGAAUUUUUCAGGGAUCAGUGCAUAAGCUUAAAUGAAUUGGUGGGGAAUACCACAAAUAACAAGAGUUCUGAAGCAACCUCUAAAAUUCUCUCUGCCGUUGAUGACAUUGAAGAUAAUCUCUACUAUUUUAGUGAUGUGAUAUCUGCGGGGAUUCCUGAUGUUGGGAGGUUGAUUACAGACAACUUACUGAAGCUUUUGAUAUUUCCUUACCUUCUUCCUUCUCUGAGGAUGGAAGUAAUCUAUGAAAUGAGGUUUGAUGCUGUGGCCUCUCUCUAUGUACUUUGUUGCAUUCUGCGCAUUGUUAAGAUUAAAGAUCUGGCAAACACUGUUGCUGCUGCCCUUUUCUGUCACAUUGAAGCCUUUAUUCCCAGUUCUGAAGCUAGGCUUAAUGGCUGCACAUGUGGUAUCUGUUUUACCCAAGAAAGCCAAGAGGCAUCCAAUGGUGUUGAUGCUUUGCAGACUGACUCUGGAAGCUCUCAGAACUCGACUGCCUGUUUACAAAAAACUAUAAAAGUCUCGUUACUUGAUCACAAGGAAUCAUGUCUUGCUUUAAGGGAUGCUUUGCUCUCAUAUAUCGCCGUUGGGGAUGAUGUCCAAGUUAUGGGUUCUAUAAAUGUGAUGGCUACACUAUUACAAGCAAAAGAACUUGAUGAAUCAAUGCUAGAUGCUCUUGGAAUUCUGCCUGAGCGCAAGAAGCAUAAGAAGCUACUGUUGCAAGCUCUGGUAGGUGAAGGCUCUGGAGAAGAACAACUCUUUUCUGAAGAAGGCAACGUAAUUAAAGAGGGGUGUGGAGACGAACUUACUAGCUACAUAGAUAGAUUAAAGAAUCAGUAUGGAGUAUCGUGCUCCUGCCCAGAAGUUGCAGAAAGCCCUCGUAUACACAAAAAUCAAGUUUUUGACGCAUUGGUCAGUCUUUUUUGUCGAUCAGAUAUCUCUGCAGAAACAUUGUGGGAUGGUGGGUGGCUUCUACGACAGUUGCUUCCUUAUAGGGAAACUGAGUUCAACAACAACCACCUUAAUUUACUGAAAGAUUCAUAUAUGAAGUGCAAUAGUCGUCUCAUUGAAGAAUUUAGAGGAUCCUGGCCUGAUCUACUUAUAACAGUCCUCUGUGAUGAAUGGAGAAAAUGCAAAAGAGCAAUUGAGGCUUCCUCACCUCGGAAAGAGCUCAAAUGCAUACUCCUUCCGCAACACAAGCUCUUAGCAGAAGAUCAGAGUGAUUCGUCCCUUGCCGCUGGUGAAAGAAUGCGGGAAUUGGUGAAGGUGUUUGUACUGUUUCAUCAACUCCGUAUUUUCUCAGUUGGCAGACCUUUGCCGGACCAACCUCCAAUAAAUCCCCCAAUUGAUUUCCCAGAGAAGUGCAGAGCAAAAAUUGCAGGUGUAGAUAACAUUGGUCCAAAACCAAGUACCGAGUUAAGUCUUGCUGAUGCUGUGCCAUGUAAAAUUGCUUUUGAGAGAGGUAAAGAACGCCAUUUUUUCUUUUUGGCAAUCUCGCUGGGAAGCUCUGGCUGGGUUGUUCUUGCAGAAGAAUUAAGCUCUAAAGUACGUCGUGGGGUGGUUCGCAUUAUUGCACCUUUGGCUGGAUGUAAUCCAAAGAUAGAUGAUAAGCAUUCGAGAUGGCUCCACCUUCGAAUCCGUCCAACUACUUUUCCCCUCAGGGAUGCUGUAAAUUUUACUGCUCAGGCGAAAACUAAAUCAAGACCUUUAGUUGAUGGGAGGUGGACCCUGGCAUUCCGCGACGAAUCCUCUUGCAAGUUUGCACAAUCAAUGGUCGUUGAAGAAUUAAAUUUACAAAGCAAAGAGGUGGAGAGAAGGCUGGGACCUUUGCUGGAUUUUGAAAGAGCCGUCAAUUAUUUAAAUUCUUCCGACUUGGAGCCUUCCUCACCAAGAAUACCGGUCAAUUCAUUGUGAGUCUACAUGUAAUUUGAUUUUUGCGCUGUUUCUUUCCUCCCCUUUUCCUUUUCUUGCAAUAAUAGUUUGCUUUGCAAUGGGGGUGGGUAUAGCUUGUUCAGUCACCCUUCUUGUAUAUGUCCAUAAAGGCAAAUCCUAGGUACACAGAGAUGUAGAUUAUGGUAUGUCCGUGUAAUCAUUCUUUGUAUAUUAGGCUGCCAUCAGUUCCUUGUGCAUCCCCCCCUGCCUAUAUUUUUUCUCCCAUUGUAAGCUCUGUAACAUUAGUUUAUUUACCGAGGCCAAUGAAAAGUUAUAUUUACAUCUUU